CUGCAGGGAGCGGUGUAGAGCGCCGAGCUCGGAGAACAGAGCUGGGUUAGGGGCUGUUGGUAGUGGCGCAGUCUUUGUAGUCGUUAUGAGUUUGGCUGGUGGCCGGGCCCCCCGGAAGACCGCUGGGAAUCGCCUUUCUGGGCUCCUGGAGGCAGAGGAGGAAGAUGAGUUCUACCAGACGACUUAUGGGGGAUUCACAGAGGAAUCAGGAGAUGAUGAGUAUCAAGGGGACCAGUCAGACACAGAAGAUGAGGUAGACUCUGACUUUGACAUUGAUGAAGGGGAUGAACCAUCCAGCGAUGGAGAAGCAGAAGAGCCAAGAAGGAAGCGUCGAGUGGUCACCAAAGCCUAUAAGGAGCCUCUCAAGAGCUUGAGACCGCGAAAGGUCAGCACCAUUGCUGGUAGCUCACAAAAGACUCGAGAAGAAAAGGUGCUGCUACCUCUAGAACUGCAGGAUGAUGGCUCUGACAGUCGGAAGUCCAUGCGGCAAUCUACAGCUGAGCACACUCGUCAGACAUUCCUUCGGGUACAAGAGAGGCAAGGCCAGUCACGGAGGCGUAAAGGGCCCCACUGUGAGCGGCCACUCACCCAGGAGGAACUGCUCAGGGAGGCCAAGAUUACAGAAGAGCUCAACUUACGUUCACUGGAGACAUAUGAGCGGCUGGAGGCUGACAAAAAGAAGCAGGUUCAUAAGAAGCGGAAGUGCCCUGGGCCCAUAAUCACCUAUCAUUCAAUGGCAGUGCCACUUGUUGGGGAGCUUGGCCCCAAAGAAGAGACUGUCGAUGUGGAAGGACUUGAUCCUGCUCCCACAGCUUCUGCAUUGCCUCUCCAUGCUGGGACUGGACCCAUCGUCCCCCCUGCUCGCUGCUCACGUACUUUCAUCACUUUCAGUGAUGAUGCAACAUUUGAGGAGUGGUUCCCCCAAGGGCAUCCCCCAAAGAUCCCUGUUCGAGAGGUCUGCCCAGUGACUCAUCGUCCAGCCCUAUACCGGGACCCCGUUACAGACAUACCCUAUGCCACUGCUCGAGCUUUCAAGAUCAUCCGCGAGGCCUAUAAGAAGUACAUUACUGCCCAUGGACUGCCACCCACUGCCUCAGCUCUAGGCCCUGGUCCCCCACCUCCCGAGCCCCUCCCUGGUUCUGGGCCCCGAGCCAUGCGCCAGAAAAUUGUCAUUAAAUGAAGAGAUGUCUAGUCUUUGCAAACCUCUUUUUGGUCCUGACUCAGGGCUCUUGACUUCCCCCCUUCUCUCCCUGUUUCUUACCUUGUCAUCUCUAUUCUUUACCCAAGCCUUUUGUUCAUUUUCUUCUUCACUUUUUCCUCUAGUUCCUACUGGUUUUGUUGUGUGUUUUUAAAUCUAAUAAAAUAGAAAAUCCCUUUU